GUUCCGAGGCCAAGGGUGGAAUUGGGGAGCAAAAGGGUGGGCUCCCCUCCAGCCGGGAAGCCAGUAUCCCGGGUUCCACUCCACGCCCUCUGGGUAAUGUUGCUAGAGGUCAUGGCGGGUGCGGGGUGGGAGCCGGCACCGCAGCCCGGGAAAGGGCGCGCCCUCGAACCCCAGCACGUCCCGAAGGCAGACACAAUGCGGCGGCACACAGCCGCUGACCAGUCCCGAGCGCACAUCGCCCUCCUUCCUGCGGCCUCAGCUUCUCGGCGGCGCAGUGGCGGCGAGCGCCCCGAUUGGCGGCCAGGCCUGCGCCCCGCCCCGCCCAUCGGGCCACCGCCCCCUCCCUAGUCGGGCCCGCCCCUCUCCGCGGGAGGCGUCCGGGCCAGCGGCUUGGUGGCGGGUUGUUCCCGCCGGCUGUGCGCGCCCGCGUCUGGGCUCGCUCGAAGAGGACGCGGCGGCGGCGGCUGCGGCUCCAGGAGCACAGCGGGCAGAGCUGCGGGCUGCACGCGCCCCUGCUGCCACCGGGCGUCCCGCGGUGGCUCCCGCGCCCUGCGGCGGCUUCCGCGCCCCGCGCUCCUCUUUGUCCGUGUCCCUGAGCGGCUGCUGCGGCGGGGUCGGAGCCCGCGCCCUGGGCGACUGAGGCGGCGGCGGCAGUCCGCGCCCCGGUGUUGCAGCGAUGCCGGACCAGAUCUCCGUGUCGGAAUUCGUGGCCGAGACCCAUGAGGACUACAAGGCGCCCACGGCCUCUAGCUUCACCACGCGCACGGCCCAGUGCCGGAACACCGUGGCGGCCAUCGAGGAGGCUUUGGACGUGGACCGGAUGGUUCUCUACAAAAUGAAGAAAUCUGUGAAGGCAAUCAAUAUCUCUGGGCUGGCACACGUGGAGAACGAGGAACAGUACACCCAGGCUCUGGAGAAGUUCGGUGGCAACUGUGUGUGCAGAGAUGAUCCAGACUUAGGAAGCGCGUUUCUGAAGUUCUCUGUGUUCACCAAGGAGUUGACGGCACUCUUCAAAAACCUGAUUCAGAACAUGAACAACAUCAUCUCGUUCCCUUUGGACAGUUUGCUGAAAGGAGAUCUGAAAGGAGUAAAAGGGGAUCUGAAAAAGCCCUUUGAUAAAGCUUGGAAGGACUAUGAAACAAAAAUAACCAAAAUAGAAAAGGAGAAAAAGGAGCAUGCCAAGCUCCACGGGAUGAUUCGUACUGAAAUAAGCGGGGCUGAGAUUGCAGAGGAGAUGGAGAAGGAAAGACGGUUCUUCCAGCUGCAGAUGUGUGAGUACCUGCUGAAGGUCAAUGAAAUCAAGGUGAAAAAGGGAGUGGAUUUGCUUCAGAAUCUGAUCAAGUACUUUCACGCCCAGUGCAAUUUUUUCCAGGAUGGAUUGAAAGCAGUAGAAAGCCUCAAGCCUUCCAUCGAGACGCUCUCCACGGACCUCCACACCAUCAAACAGGCCCAGGAUGAGGAACGGCGACAGCUGAUACAACUUCGAGAUAUUUUGAAGUCAGCAUUGCAGGUGGAACAGAAAGAGUCUAGGAGAGACUCACAACUUCGCCAAAGUACAGCCUACAGCUUACAUCAACCUCAGGGAAACAAGGAGCAUGGAACAGAGAGGAACGGGAACCUCUACAAGAAGAGCGAUGGGAUCCGGAAAGUGUGGCAGAAGAGGAAGUGUUCCGUUAAAAAUGGCUUCCUCACCAUCUCCCACGGCACUCCUUUGACUUCCAGAAACCGUCAAACCUGCUGCCCCAGCUAACUUUAUGCAGACAUCCUCCUUACUUACAGAGACUUCUGCUGCCUCUAGAAAGAAAGGAAUAAUCUCUCUACUCAUCAGGAUUUUGGGAACCAAAUCUAGAGAGAAAGGGAAUCCAUCUUUCUUACAGAAAUCUCAUGUGCCUUAAGUUUUCCUACCUUUCUUCCUGUUCGUAAAGGCUCAUGCACUAUAAUAGAGCCUUGUAAGGUGCUUGUGUGAGAAUCAAGUCACUUUCCAGUUUAGUUUCCAGAGAUCAGGAACACUGCCACAGGCCUUUACUCUCCCCACCUGGUGGGGCUGGUGGGCUGAUACUGGUUGGGAUUGUCAAAGCCAAGUUGGCCACCCCUUCAUUGAAUGCAGAUGUGUAAUGUGUACUAUAUUACACACACACAUAUAUAUAAUACAGUCUCAUACCACAUAUGUCUCCCUUGGUCAUGAGCGUGGGCAAUAACCUGAGCCUUUCUCUCAGACUUUUCUCCCAUCCUAUAGUCCCCUUAAGAGGCAUAACUGGGCAGAAGCACAGAUGGGUUUCUUGGACACAGUAGAAAGGUUUUAACUUAAGAUGGGUUUUUUUUUCCAUUUUUUUAUUAGGUAUUUAGCUCAUUUACAUUUCCAAUGCUAUACCAAAAGUCCCCCAUACCCACCCACCCCCACUCCCCUACCCACCCACUCCCCCUUUUUGGCCCUGGCGUUCCCCUGUAUUGCGGGAUAUAAAGUUUGCAAGUCCAAUGGGCCUCUCUUUCCAGUGAUGGCCGACUAGGCCAUCUUUUGAUAUAUAUGCAGCUAGAGUCAAGAGCUCCGGGGUACUGGUUAGUUCAUAAUGUCGUUCCACCUAUAGGGUUGCAGAUCCCUUUAGCUCCUUGGGUUCUUUCUCUAGCUCCUCCAUUGGGAGCCCUGUGAUCCAUCCAAUAGCUGACUGUGAGCAUCCACUUCUGUGUUUGCUAGGCCCCGGCAUAGUCUCACAAGAGACAGCUACAUCUGGGUCCUUUCGAUAAAAUCUUGCUAGUGUAUGCAAUGGUGUCAGCGUUUGGAUGCUGAUUAUGGGGUGGAUCCCUGGAUAUGGCAGUCUCUACAUGGUCCAUCCUUUCAUCUCAGCUCCAAACUUUGUAACUCCUUCCAUGGGUGUUUUGUUCCCAAUUCUAAGGAGGGGCAUAGUGUCCACACUUCAGUCUUCAUUUUUCUUGAGUUUCAUGUGUUUAGGAAAUUGUAUCUUAUAUCUUGGGAAUCCUAGGUUUGGGGCUAAUAUCCACUUAUCAGUGAGUACAUAUUGUGUGAGUUCCUUUGUGAUUGUGUUACCUCACUCAGGAUGAUGCCCUCCAGGUCCAUCCAUUUGCCUAGGAAUUUCAUAAAUUCAUUCUUUUUAAUAGCUGAGUAGUACUCCAUUGUGUAAAUGUACCACAUUUUCUGAAUCCAUUCCUCUGUUGAGGGGCAUCUGGGUUCUUUCCAGCUUCUGGCUAUUAUAAAUAAAGCUGCUAUGAACAUAGUGGAGCAUGUGUCCUUCUUACCAGUUGGGGCAUCUUCUGGAUAUAUGCCCAUUAAGAUGGGGUCUUAAGAAACUUAACUUUUGAGUAACAAAAAGUCUCAACGUGAAGAAUGUCAUGGAAGCAAAGAUGUUCUGUGGGAGUCUGGGGACGGAUUGCCCCUUCACUUAUGAUUCCAUUAAGGGCAAGACACUAGAACAGAUUCUCAGCAAGUGUUGACCUGGUCUCUGUCACCUCUACCCAGGGCACUGACUCGGGAGAGUUUAGGUCAUCCAUCUUCCCGUAACCCAACUGCUCCUCACUCCUGAGCCUUCGGUUAGGAUCUUGAUGUACUGUUCUCUCCACACAGCAGGUGCACAGGAAUGAGGGGGCCUUACUGCUCAGACUAAGGGAAGUGUAACCGUGUGUGCAUCCUUUAGAUGCAGAACGUCAGGCCAGGAGGACGGCUGGAUUUCCCUGACAAGUCUCAUGCUCUCUGAUGUGGUUCAUUUCCACAGUGUCCAUUAGUUUGUUUUAGCUGAGACACACAUCAGGUCGAUGCAGAAGUCACUGUAGAGGAAGUUAGAACUCCCAUGUUACAAGGCAUAGCUGCUUUCUUGGGGUCCCUAAGGGGCCCUCCACUUAAAUCAACAACAGGGCUGUGAUCCCUUGGGCAUGCCUGGUGAUUCCGUGCUGGCAUUCUAAGUGGCUUCAAGUGAGUUCCAGAGUUCCAGCUGGCUCUCCAAAGGCAUAAUAAAAAUUCUUUAAAUUUUGAUGGGUUGCCCCAGUUCUGGGGCAGACAGUAGUUAUAAUUAUCUCCACCAGGAUGCUGAUGCUCUUCUUAGACAGUGGGUAUGUAUUUUUAAAAGCUGUGUUCUUUGAGUUGAACCCUCUCAAGAAUCCUCCUCUUGCAGGGGCAGGGGGGAGUAUCCUCUGGCUUUAGCAGCCACUUCCUCCUCUAGCUGUAGGUGGGUCCCAGAGCAGCCUCCACCUAACUACCCCAGAGGAGCCUGGAUAACAACUCCUGGAUCCUGAAGGGCCCUCCAUGUUCCUGUGCCAUGCAAAUGCUUGCAUAUUGCAGAUGUGGAUGACCCAGGCUGAGAUCGAGGACUGGGCGAGCAUUAUUUGCGGGUAUGGGUUUUUAAUCUGGCUCCUAUGUAGCUUGCUCAUUUUGCCAGUCGUUCCUGACUCUGCUUCAUUACCAGCAGGAAAGGGGGACAGGUUUCCAAAGGUGGGUCUGAGGAAGUAGGAAUCUAAGAGCAGCUGCUGGCACACAGCUGGAAUAGGGUCUGUGGGAAGUGUAAGCUCGUAGGGCGUGCUUGCACUAUGGGAAAGACUUUCCCUUCUGGAAGCAGGCAGCCACUGGGAAGUGAAAUUGCUGCACUCUUUACUCCCACAGAGGAGUACAGGUACCCUCUAGGAUGGUGGAUACAGGGAGAGCCUGCGUAGGUACUGCCAUAGCAGGUUUGUUUCUGGCAUUGGGAAGGUCUUUCUGGGGAUGAGAGUUCUUAUUAGGAGUCUUCUUGACCGAGUUCACAUCACUGCCACCCCACCAAGGCCUGAGCGCGGCAUUGUGCUGGAAGAGUUCCCUGCUGCUUAAGAGGGCCCCACAUUUUAGUAUGUAUGUAAGAAUGUAUGUAUGUAUGUAUGUAUGUGUGUGUGUGUGUACGUAUGUAUGUAUUUCUAAGAAAAGGUAUCACCAUAUAACUGGCCAGUUGGGAACUCACUGUAUAGACUAGGCUAGCCUUGAACUCAUGGAAGUCCAUCUGUUUCUGCAUCCUGAGUGCUGGGAUUAAAAGCAUGUGCCAUCACACCUGGCUAGCCCAACAUUUUAAAAAGUAAUUGUUAUUCACUUGGAGGGAAGAGAACAAGUUUCUAUUUUAAAGUGUUUUAAGGACUGGAGAUACUGGUAAGUGGUAGGCUGCUUGCCAUAUGUAUGGCAGAAAAAAAAAGCCUGGGGUAUUUAAUAGAAAGUAGAAUGGUACAAUCAAGUCGGAGAAUCACUAAUAACCUGUGACCCUCAUGCUGCGAGCUCUAAGGCUGGUAGGAUCUUCCCAGGUGCUAGUUUCCUGCUAAACCCAGGCUGCCUUGGGAAGGAGACAGCACUGUUCUCUAGCUAAAUUGAAUAAUGACUUUUUUUUUCCCAAAAUGGCAGCAAGGAGGGGAUUUGAUGGAUAGAAUGUUCUCUCGUAAGUUUCCCUCACACCUUUGUUGGUAGCUAAUAACCCGAAUGAGCAGAAAGUAAGCAGUCUUUAAAGUGGAACCUGUAAGAGCUAGCGGUGUUUAAGAUGCUCGUUGAGUGCCUCUGGGUCCUUCUUGGCUGCAGCCUUUAACAUAUAGCUAUGUUCAUGGCUUCAAAUCCCUAGUCUAGAUGAAACUCUGGAUCCUUCUCUGUGCUGGGCUUUCAUUUCCUUCAAGGGAUGGUUGAAGUGUCUUUGAAGAUAAUUCAACGUAAAGAGUGACCACAGGGAGGGAAGGUGACAGACAGAAGUGGGGAGAGAGGAAAUGUAUAACUCAAAUUGUGGCUCUUAAAUGUAUCCUGGCAUCAGCCAUGGUUAGCUGCAUGAGACCUACCAAUAAGCAAGCCAGCUACCAUCCUUGAAUGGAUGGGUAGUUCACAUACUGAGUUGCUAUGACAGAGUUGUUGGCAGAGGGAGACUCAAUCUUUUUUGAAAAUGUAGCCACUGGUCAGCUUCCCAUGCUGCAAUGGAUGACCCCACGCCCAUACAUAUGUGGGUAGCACUAACUGGACAACCAAAAGACAUGCAGUUUGGAGGAGGGAAGGUAAGGUGGUCUGAGGGGUAGAUAGGAUUAUAUUUCAUUGUGUACAUAUAUGAAAUUCUCUAAAACUUUAAAAAUGUAAGUGCAGGUGAAUGCCCACCUUCUCUGGAAACCAUGUCAAAGCCAGGGAGGUGAUAGUAAAUGUUCAGUGUGUGGAACCCUGCAUGUUUGUUGGAGCCCUGCUCCCCAACUCCCUGACUCCCUGGCUGCUCAGCCCAGGUCAUGUGAUUUCAUUUGUUCAUGUUAUCUGUGGACACACCUUUAAUCCCAGCACUUGGGAGACUGAGUCAAGCCUGGUCUGAGUUUAAGGCCAGCCUGGUCUACAGAGAGAGUUCCAAGACAGCUAGUACUACCAGGACUACAUAGAGAAACCCUGUCUUAAACAAACAAAAACAUCAAAAUGACCAUAAACCACAAGGGUGCUAGAUAAACCUGAUCAUGUAGUUUUUAUUUUCAGAUUUCAGAUCUUCUUCAUCCUUUGUCAUAUUCAGAUUUCACAAGUUGCAGGGAUCUGAACAAUUUUAAUGGAGACUACUACACCCCCACCCCCAGCUCUGUAAAGUAAAUGGCAAGAAUUCCCAGGUCUGCGAGGGCAAGAGCCUCUGUCAGGCCUGCCCUGCUAUAGGUACAGACAUGUCUCUGGAUUAAUCCCAAAUCUAGGUCAUGUGUCUUGAAGCGUCUAGUGACCGAGGAGAGCGAAGAGUGAGAAUAGUUUAAGACUUAGUGUUUAUUAUUAUUUUUUGUAUAUGGGUGUUUUGACUGCAUGUAUGUAUGUCCCAAGUGUGUGCCUGGUACCCGUAGAGGCCAGAAAAAGGCAUCAGAUUUUCUGGAGCUGGAGUUCCAAGUUGAGCCACCCAAGUGAGUGAUGGGAACUAAUCUGAGUUCCUCUGUAAGAGCAACAAUUGCUCUUUGUUAAUGAGCCAUCUCUCCGGUCCCCCAUUCUCUGUUCCCCUCUCCCUUUUUAAUUGAAACCAAUAAAAUGUGUUGUGAUCUUUUGUAUGUGGAAUAUGUUUCCUGAAAACAAGUGACAGUGGAGGUUGGCAUUUAGGGUUGUGGAUUGUUGCCUGUGCUCAUUUUAGAUAGUCAAAACAAACAAAGGACAGACAACCCACAGACCACACCCUUUUAUGUGCAUACACAGAACACACACACCCUUGUGUGCACGUGUGCCCAAUGACUUUUCUUGGAAGUUUCCACUUAGGAGGACACUUUGAAAAGCUCAUGGAAUGAAGCUGUGUGCUUGCUCAAGCCACCCCAAGGUGUCAGAACCCUGUGUCUCAAUCUCUUAGCUCUGGAGCAACCACCAACCUCUACACGGGCCUGGCCCUCGCCCUGUCAGAUGGGUUGUAAUAGACUGCUGGGUGUGCCCUGGGAGAAAGCUGUUGUGGAGCUGAGAUCCAAGGACCCCACCCCACCGCCAGCAUUCCUCUGUGUGUCCCAUCCCUGGAAACCUUAUGUAAACUAGUAAGAGGUUUGCUCUUGAGGACUGUCUCCCACUGCCCACAGGACCUGCAUCUUUUUUUUUUUUUUUCAUUUGUUU